UUGAAGAAACUAUCCCUCCCCUCCAUCAAGACGCACAAGACACUGAACCAAAGGAUAUCUUGGCCUCCCUACAGAAGCUGAUUAUUCGGAUCUAUGUAAUGAUUUAUCCCACACCAUGAUCCCAUAUUGAUACGAAACUUAGAAAGAUUUAGUCAAUAAGUGGAUAGAUUUGUUCAGGGAUAUCUGCGUUGGCGUCAAACAUGCGCAAAAAUUCACGCUAUCAAAGCAGAGAAUCACCGUAAACGGAAUGAUCGUUUCUCACGUGAAGUCACCCUGAUUGUUUGUUUUUAAAGGAAACGACAAGCAUACCGACUCCGAAAAUAUCCGCAACCAAGAGACCGAAGUGGAAACGAACGCUGACAUCCUCAGUAUAUCUGGAAAUGUUCACAUAGGAACUUCUCCUUUGCGUGCCUGAGCACCACCAUUGUGCCGAGAAGGAAACGAGUGUCUGCUGCGAGUGUGUCUGAAAGAUUUGCAAGACGGUGUCCUGAGCCAUGGGGGCCUUCUUGGACAAACCGAAGACAGAGAAACACAAUGCUCAUGGUGCGGGCAACGGUCUGCGCUUUGGCCUUAGCAGCAUGCAGGGCUGGCGGGUAGAGAUGGAGGACGCACACACAGCCGUUGUGGGACUGCCGCACGGCCUGGAUGACUGGUCCUUCUUUGCGGUGUACGACGGUCACGCUGGCUCCCGUGUGGCCAACUAUUGCUCCAAACACCUGCUGGAGCACAUCAUAACCAGCAGCGAGGACUUCCGUUCAGGCCCUGACUCUGUGGAGGGUGUUAAAAGCGGCAUUCGUUCUGGCUUCCUGAAGAUCGACGAGUACAUGCGCAACUUCUCGGAUCUACGUAAUGGCAUGGACCGUAGUGGCUCCACGGCAGUCGGUGUGCUGGUGUCCCCCGAGCACCUUUAUUUCAUCAACUGUGGAGACUCCCGUGCCGUGCUAAGUCGUGCCAGUCAGGUCCGGUUCUCCACGCAAGACCACAAGCCGUGUAACCCACGUGAAAAAGAGCGCAUUCAGAACGCAGGAGGUUCUGUGAUGAUCCAAAGGGUGAAUGGUUCUCUGGCUGUGUCACGCGCACUGGGGGACUAUGACUACAAGUGUGUGGAUGGAAAGGGCCCCACUGAGCAGCUGGUAUCUCCGGAACCGGAGGUGUUUGAAAUCCCACGCGUUUCAGAAGAGGAUGAAUUUGUGGUGCUCGCCUGCGAUGGCAUCUGGGACGUGAUGAGCAAUGAGGAGCUGUGUGAUUUUGUACGUUCUCGGCUGGAGGUGUGGGAUGAUUUGGAGAAGGUCUGCAACUCUGUGGUGGACACCUGUUUACAUAAGGGAAGCCGUGACAACAUGAGUGUUGUUCUAGUAUGUUUCCCCAAUGCACCGAAGGUAUCAGAGGAGGCUGUCAAGAGAGAGGCCGAGUUGGACAAGUUCCUGGAGGCUCGUGUGGAGGAAAUCAUGGAGAAGUCAGGGGAGGAAGGCAUCCCAGAUCUAAGCCACAUCAUGCACAACCUCCGCCCUGAGAGCAUCCCCAACCUGCCACCGGGAGGUGGUCUCGCUAGCAAACGUAGUGUAAUUGAAGCCGUUUACAACAGGCUAAACCCACACAGAGAAGAAGAUGGGGACAGCCAGGGGGGAGCAGCCGGCGGUGAGGACGAAGAAGGCAGCUCCGCCACCGCCCAACUGCUGGAGGCACUACGACAGUUCCGGCUCAGUCACCGAGGCGAAUACCGCCAAGUGCUGGAGCAGGCGCUCUCCACUUACCGGCUGUCCUGUGGGACAGGUGCCACGACACGGACCGACCCCCAGGAGGAACCUCGCUCACCCCCACCGUCCCCGGCCACUGAACCCCUCAGCUCUGAGGAGGGACAGGACGAAGCUGCCACGUCACCAUCUCUGGACAAGAUCUCUGACGCCCCCACUGCAUGACCCUAAUUAGGACCCACUAAACCCAGCCCUGCUAUAUCAAACCCUUUUCCCCAGAUUGCUAGGUUGCUUUUGGCAACGAGCAGUUUCAGUGCAGGUUUUUGGUUGUCUUUAUGGAUUUGUAAAUAGCACUUUGGGUGUUUUUGUUUGGUUGGUUUAGUGAGCUCUGCACACAGUAAAAGUCGCAUACAGAGGAAGUUUUGCGCAAAAUUCUUAUCACUAAAAACCUGCUCUGCAACUGCAAGUGAGGUUAACCUUGGCAUAUCCCAGCUCUGUCUGCAGUAAGCACUUUCUCGUAUCUCUGCACUUAGCCUAGUUUUUUUUAAAAAUGAGACCUGGAUGUGUAAUCUAUUGAAGGGUUGAAGGGAUAGUUCACCCAAACAUAAAAAAAUUCUGUCACUUACACACACUCAUGUCAUUCCAAACCAGUAUAACUUUGUUCUAUGGAACACAAAAGAAAAUAUUUUGGAAAAAUGUCUGUUUAGUGUUUUGUUUAGUGUUUAGAUUUCUUUUGAUUUUUGUUUUUGUUGUGUUUGUUUUGUUUUUUUGUCCACAUACUGAGUCAUGUUUUGUACCCAAUUGACUUUCAUUACAUAGACAAAAAACAUUCUUAGAAAUAUCUUUCAGCAGAAGAAAAAGUCAUGCAGGUUUGUAAUGAACCUUGAAGGUGAGUAAAUGAUGAGUUUUCAUUUUUGGGUGAUCUGUCCUUUUAAGGAGAUUUGAAUACUGUCACACACCCCUGAAUGAUUUGACCAUCACCGUUUCACACCCAAAGAGUUUACCCAUGUAAGUAGUUGGGAGUGGGAAUGGUUUAAGUGGACAAUCUGGGCUGUGCCAAGAAUACACACAACUGUUUGCUCUCGUGCCAUGCGAUGCAUGUGUACUCCUUAUCCUGGGUUGUCUCGUGGUUGAUCAUAGUUAUAGGAUAUUAACGUACUGUAGUAAACAUCAGGUACGGCUUGAUUUGUGCUCUUUAAGUAGUGUGCUUGUGUGUGUGUGUGUGUGUGUGUGUGUGUGUGUUUGUGUGAAUCAAAUGUUUGAAAUGUGAUUAUGCGAGAUGAUUAACUGAUCAAAAGCAAUUCUUUCACCAUUUAAAAGGGAACUCUAAUGCUGUGUGUGUAUAUAUCUUCCUCUCUCUCCAUAUCUCUUCCAUAUCGAUUUAUAAUUUGAGCUGACCUCUUGAAUAUGAUUGUCCUGUGUCUGCUCUUUGAGUGUUCACAGUUAACUUUACUAUCCAGGUGUGUCCUUGAGGAAAAAGCACAAAAUGGAAAUGCACUGGCUUUAUAAGCAUGGACCGUAUGAGAUUACAGAAGCUUACACAAUCAUAUGUUCUUGCGAAUUCUCAUUUCUCCUGUUGUGCUGUUUUAUUCAGUCAAUGACUUUACAUUUGCAAUGUAAAAGGCAUUUGUUAAAGGGGACAAUACAGACUGCAUUACAUAAGAGAACUUACUGCAAUCUACACAUUAGGCAACGCUGCUACAUGAUCAUUUAUGAAUGUCUGUACUCUGCAGUAUUUGCACAGGGCUUCUUAUUGCACUUAUCUUAUUCUUAUGACCCAGGUUUUUGGAAAGCAAUCUAAAUUCUGUCCACAUGGAUUGUGUCAUACCGCAAGAAAUCUGUUCCAAACUGCUUUUGUGUUGUUUUCUUUGGCUGAUUUAUCAAGCCAUUUGAAGCUGAUUACUUUGAUUUGGAAGUUAAUGCAUAAUACAAACUGUGUAAUCUUCUUAACAGUUAGAGUAAGUGCAUGCAUAAUGCUGCCAUUGUUAUAUUAAACUCAUGUUACUAAUAUACCCCCUCAGCAGUAUCGAAGAGCUUUACUUAAUUGUCCAUUGAGCAGUAUUUCCAGGGCAAAGGUUUAUAUUUGUUUUGUUUCACGCUGAAGUUCUUUGAACAAAAUAAAUCAAAUUCAACUAUU